AUGAGGACUUCAAACCAUUUAAGCGUUUUUGUUCUAUUUUUAUUUUUAAUUGCAAUAAUUCCGUGUUUGGCUGUUUAUUCGGAGAUACCCCUUGAGAAAUUAGAUUACGAAACAAUUAAGGCCAAUGAAAAAAUACGAUCCAAAUCAAGAAAAGAUGGACUGAUAAUGUUGUCACUUGUAUGUGGAAGUAUUGUCCUAGCCUUUGCAACCCUGUGGGGGAUAAAAAUUCAUCAUAUAAUCAAAUAUGACCGAAGAGGAAAAAUGACAGAUCCAGAAACAGCGACUGGGGGAAUGGAACCCAAAGUUUCUCCUGAAGAUGACGUUCUGCACCCAGAAAAAUGA